AUGGGACUGCACAGUGUUGAGGAACUGGUGUCCGGUAAGAGGUCAGAGGGCAAAGAGGCUGAUGACUACCAAGGGGGCGCGUAUGAGACAGCUGUCAAUCAAGAGAAGAAGGAUGAACACAAGUCCCACAGAGAGCUGGUGGACGGGGGUCUGUCUGAGGAGAGCAACAGUGGCAGCGAGCAUGAGGAAGUCAGCGUGGGAGCGCUCAAUACGGAUAAAAGCGGCAGGCUGAAGUUGGAGACGGUGGACGACCUGUUCAACAUCCUGCAGCUGAAGAAGAGGAGGAGAGAGAGGAAGGUCCCUGUGCACAAGAAGAGACAACAGCCAGAGCUUGAGACUGUGCCAGAGUAUGUGGAUGAGCAGCUUUUUCUGACAGCAGCCAUGGAGAACAAAGUGCCUGUGGUGGAAAAGUACCUGACUGAUGGAGGAAACCCAAACGCAGCAGACCACUUUCAGAGAACAGCUCUGCACAAAGCCUCGUUUAAAGGACACGUGGACGUCAUGAAAAGACUCCUGGAGGCUGGAGCUGCCAUCGAUAAAAAAGACAAGCUGGAGGCCACAGCGGUGCACUGGGCCUGCAGAGGAGGCAGCCUGCCUGCCCUGCAGCUCCUCCUCGACCAGGGAGCCAAGUUUACCUACAGAGACAAGCUGCACAGCACUCCUCUCCACGUCGCUGUGAGGACGGGACACUGCGAGUGUGCCGAACAUCUCAUUCACUGUGGAGCAGAUGUCAACGCCAAAGACAGAGACGGAGACACGCCCAUGCACGAUGCUGUGAGAAUAAACAGGUUCAAGAUGAUUAGGCUGUUGAUGAUGUACGGAGCCAGCCUCAACACUAAGAACUGUGAUGGAAAAACUCCAAUGGAGACGCUGUAUUCAUGGCAAAACGGAGCCAAGAGCCUCAUGUGCAACUUCAGCCAGGAGAAACCCAACCAGUAAAACCAACACAUUCCAGUAAAAAUCAGGAAUACAACAUGAAAUUCAGCCACAUUAUCUGAACCUUUAUAGGAGAUAAAGGUGUUGAAAAUG